GGAUACACAGAUCUACAGGAGCUGCAUAACCUCGCACUCGAAUUACAAAAGGAUGGCCCUGACGACAACCUUGAAAGCGCUCACGACGAACCGCAGCGCUCGCGUAAAUCCAAGUUCGCACGGGCCGUGGCUCUCUUCAAUAACUCCUUCAGUGCCUACAUACAACUCAAACCUCCGGGGAUCCUUCCUUAUCACCCUGGCUUCCUCGAUGUCGUCUUCGUCGGUUUCACAGCGUUUUCGAUGCUCUGGGGCGCUGCCGCGCAUCCGGAAGGCGCAGCCCUCGCUCCCCUGCUUCGUAACCUAUCCUCAUACAUGCUGAAGUGGACCGCCGUCGCCCAUCCCGCCCGCCGUCGCCUUGCUCGCGCUCACCAGCGCGAUGUCCAGUCGGACGUCAUCCACAUCUCGCAGGUGUACCUCGCCAUCCUCGAGUCGGAUACGGAGAAUGCAAAGGCGUUCCUGCACGCGCAUCCGGAUCUGCUCGCCCAAGUCCUCGAGAUGUGGGUCAACUUCACGCAGUAUGCGGCGCUGCCUGGCAAAACAGACGAUAUCGGUGGGCGCGCAGCCUAUGUGAUCGCCACGGCGGCAUAUCACUUGUAUGAGGUGCUCGCGGAUGCAAAUAAGUCGCCGAGCGACGACGAUAUGGCCUUGUUCCUCGACGCGCUGCGCGAUGCGAGAAUCACCAAGCGCUCUCUGUGGCACGCCAUCGGGCCGCAAACCCGCACGCUCUGUGACCUGUACCUCGACCCCGUAAUCGCCCUCUCCACCUGGAAGAACCACAUUCAGUGGCUCACCGCCCUGAUCCAGCUCCCCGAUUUUGCCCCUUCGAGGAUCCCUCGCGAGGUCGUCGCGUCCGCCGUCGCCGCGGCCGACUUCUGCCUCGACAAGAGGGAGAAUCUGGCCGCGUGCAUCGUGCUGCGCUACAUUGCCAUCGUCUGCGAGGUCGCCCGCGAUAAUCGGCCGCUGGUGGAGGCCAUCGAGGAGGGCGUUUUUGGCAUAGUUUACGACUUGGACAGCGUGUCCGAGAGGGUGGACGCGACGCGGCUGGUGAUGUGCCUGUGCAAGGGGCUGGCGCACGCCAAAGUUCUGCGCGCCUUUCGCAAAAAGCUGGAUUUUAUGCCGCCCUCGGAGGUCGACCAGCCGAAGGGGAAUACGCGGACCUGGCGCACCGUGAUGCUCACAUAUAUGGUACAGCAAAAUUUGUACAACGACCAUAGUAAGCGGCGGAGCUGGAGGUUCUCCAUGGCUUGCUCGAAUUCUUCUGGUGAAGGCCCACACACCGAGCAUGUGCGACUCUGCGCGUGCGGUGAAGCGUUUUACUGCUCAGGGAGCUGCCAACGAAUGGCUUGGGAUAAAGUGCACCGCUACGAAUGCUGCGCCGCAGAUGGUCCGUGGGGUCUGCGAGGCGCAAUCUCCAUCGUCGAUGUCGCCUUCUUCUACUGCGUCGUCCGCGCGCACAUCAUGUCCGUCAAGGCCACCCUAGGCGGCUACAUUUACAAAUACUUCGAGCAAUGCAAGAAGGAACCCCGACCCCUCGAAGGCCUCAUCAUUGUCUGCGACUACGCCCAGAUGAUGCCGAACCCGCACCAUAGUGUGAUCGCGCGCGCCCUAGACAUGAAAAGGCAUGUCAAUGAUCAUGAUAUCAUUCGCGGACACGUCUCUGCGGAGGCUAUCUUUUACAUCGGGAGGACAAAGGUCAGGCGGAAGAUGCCAUUCUCGUAUCCUGUAAGUUACUUCUGUCCUGCGCUCUGAGGUGCCUUAUCUUGGUGUACAUCUCUUAUACCUACACUAUACCUACUUAUAAUUGUUCUAUACAGUAUGACACUCCAGCGCGCUGUUCUG